CACUCGAAUGCAAUAUGCGAGAACGCUUGUAUUUAGGGACAGUACACAAGAUGACAUAAUAAACGUGCAAAUACAUGUAUAGCAUAAAGCAAUAAAUAUUGUAAUUGGUUAAUAAAUUUUAUCUCUGUCAUAUCAAUGUUUUGCAAAUCGUGGUCGACUCGUCCAGGAAAAACCAAAAACAAAAAACCCCUUUUAAAGUUUUUGAAUUGAUUUCAGUGUUAUUUAAGGGAAAAUAUUUUUGGAAACCUGUGCCCAUUUGCCAUCACAGGAAAGUGACUGUCAAAUACCACCGAAUGUUGGGCCUCAUCCUUGCAAAACAUUUAACAUUUAUACAAAACGAUGUAAAAUGUCUACACUAUGUUUCCGUUAAAAAUUAAACAAUUCAUUUUAUUUAGGCAAAGCUUGUACGCUUUUAAAAAAUUGUACUUUUCACAAAAUAAUUUUGGCAUUGAAUUUGAAUGUGUGAGUGUCCCUAAGAGUUGCUCGCUAGAAACUGAUUUCCGAAUAUGAAAACCCCGAUUAAAUACAGCUCGAAUCAUUCGAGCGAACAAAGAAUGUACAUAAACCGGUUUUGUAUUAAAAACGCUAGUACAAAGGUACUCAUCUAUACGUUGUAACGAUGAGUACCAAAUAUUAUGGGAAAUAGACACGUUUUCAUGCUUUGUAAAACUCAACACAAAGACUUGAUCAGUCCAGUAUGACUGGUUGUAUACAAUUCACCAUUGAAAGUUUAUCAACAAGGGGAUUCUUUGUGCAUAUGUACGACUGGGUACCAUAUAGGGGAGAACGACUUGACUGUAAAAUAGGGGAAAAUGGUGCAAUAUCAGCUUUCAAAGAUGAACAAGUUGUUGGUAAUGUGCCCAAAGAAUGGUCGAAAAAAUAUAGAGAGUGGCUUCAAGCUGGAGGUAAACUAGAGGCAAUUGUGCAUUAUGGUCACCAUAGAGUACACAGGACUAAAGGGGAAGAAGUUCCUGUGAUAUACUUAUUUACUGGGAAUUCUACACCACUACUGAUUAACACAAAGAUUGUGAUAGAAAAAGCAACCAAUCAGAAAGCAAAGCGGAGAAAGUCACUGAAGUUCCACGAUGGUGACCAGACUGACACACUACUUCAGAGGAAUGUCGGGAGGCUGGCGGAAACACUCGGAAGCCAAACAAAUCAACUAGAUUUUUCCAUUUCCGGAAUGACCAUACGGGGUUUCUUCAAAACUAAGAAGAAAUGGGUACCUACAAUUGGCCGUCAUGAAUGCUUUAUAACCAAGACUAAAGCUGUUGCGGUAAAAUUAGAUGAAAAAAAAAUAUGUGGAAAUAUCCCCUGUGACACGCAGAAACUAUGGAGACGAUUUCUGAAAGAGAAAGGGAGGAUAGAAGCUGUAAUAGCCGGCACAGGGAAAGAAAACAGACGGAAAGGUGAAGAGGUUCCUGUAUUUUAUAUAUUUACAGGAGAAUGGUCGUGUGUUUUACAAAAUUUGAGAAGAUACAUUAUAGGAGAUAUUGAGAAGAAAAUGAAAAGAAAAAAAUCCCUUUGUAUAGCAGCCGGUGAUAUGUCACAAAAUACCAAGGUGACCAAUGGAAUAACGCCAUCUCACAAUCUUAUUGUUGAUUCCGACAGUGAGGCCGAUUACCCUGUCAUGUCCACGAAACCAUACAAAAGGAAAUUAGAAGAAACAAGCCACAAAAGUGCCAAGAAAUUAAGAACACGGUCUCCACAGAACGGUAGGAUCCCGCUAACAGAGAUUGAUAAUGAUAUACAGUUGUCAGAAAAAGACUUUAGUAAAUUGUCUCAAUUAAUUGGGAAUAAUUGGAGACAUUUAGGCCGUCAGUUGGGUUUAGAAGGCGUGCAAAUAUCACAGGUAGAAAUAGAUUCUCGUUUUCCUUCACCCCAGGAUAAAAUUCACGAGAUGUUCAUGAAAUGGGCAAAACAGAAUCCCGAAGAAAAUACACUCGAUACGGUUAUUAGUGCUGUAAAUGAGAGCUUCAAAACUGAGAUAGAGAUGGAUAAAUUUGUAAAAUUCAUAGAUGAAAAGAGAUAUGCGAGGAAAAGAAGACAAUAACUUUCUUUAAAUAUUGUUCAAGAUAAUUAUGUUGGUGUCUCUGUGAACAGAAAAGUUUUACGUUGAUGAUUCCUUGUUCUCUGCGGUCUGGAGACCGCAGGGUAUUGGUACGCGUUUAACUUUUGAGGCAUGGAGGAGCACGUGACCUGUUUUCGGUACAUGGAGGAGCAUGUGAUCUGUAAACCGUACAUGAUUGGUUAAUUGACCUUUCGAAAACCUAGCUAAAUACCGUUUGUCAAUACGUUACGGAUUUACCUCCUGGGAAUUAGUCCGAAUUACACCUAAUUAAGAACAAAAAACUAUUACGUGAUAUUUCUAAUUUUCUACAAUUAUUUUACCGUUUAGGGUGGAAAAACUUGAAUGAUGUGUUUGAAAAUUGUCAAUGUUUCUUUAAAAUCUAUCUCAAAUUUUACAAAUACUGAAAAUCUACAGAAUUAAAAUAUUCGUAGUGGCAUCUGCCAUAAGAAAUAGAGAUAUUUUCUGCGUAAACUUGUGUGUUUACUUUAUUUUUUUUGCUCGGAAUCAUUCAUAAAAUGGUAGGUCUAUUUAAUCAUUUUCUUAAAAAGAAAUAAUUGUUUUAUCUUCGGCCUUCUCCGGUCUUCAACGGUCACCAGUUUCCAAAGACCUUCUUUUAUAUUGAUCGAUUAUUGUUAACUAUAUUCCUGAUACAAACGUUUAUUUAUGCCCCCCCCCCCCCCAACAAUGUUGAAAAUAGUUAAAUGAAAUAUCUUUAUAUCAUUAAAAAUGUUCCCCGCAGGAAACCAUUUUUACUUGUACAUAUCUAUAAUGUUAAUAAUGAAGAUAUGAUGUCGAAAUGUUCAACUACAUGUACUACAUGUGAAACCAUAGUCAUUGUACCCAUCAACCGAUAAUUAAUAUUGUACAGUCUUACAGUCCUUCUUAAAGGCCGAUUAUGCCUCAGAAAUGAUUUUCAAUUCUUUUCUGAAAAGUUUUUAUUGCUGAUGUCCUGUUAACAGUUUCCUAAACGUUACACAUUGGCCAUUGAAACGAUUAUAGGUACUUCCCUUCCUACACAAUACUUACGUUGGAUGGAGUGUUUUCAUAACAGAUACAAAUGAAUCUUACUUGGAUAAUUGUGUAUUUGGGAUAAAUAUACUUCCAUUUUAUAACCAUGUGUUCAAUUAUUUACCUUAAUCUUUCUAUUAUUAUAUUUCGCUAUUCCUUAUUUUUUCCUUUUAUUCUUUUAUGAAAAUUUUAAAUUUUGUAAAUUUAGUCGAAUUUAUUUACUUCAAGCCCUGUUAAAUAAGAUUUGAAUUAAUAUAUAACUGUGUUGAAUACCUUUUUCAUUAUCAGUUUUCACUAUGCGUGCCUGCAUCACUACUUUACCAUUAUUACUACUCAAAUGUAAAACAUAUUUUUUAACAGGAUCGCGCUCGUUUUUAUACAAGGGAGGUUUAUAUUUCUAGAGAAAAAUGAAAUCAAUAGUUUUUUAUAUACAUUAUUACAUGUGUAUUUAACAAUAAGGAUUAAAACUCGUUUUUUACUACUUUACUUAUGGCUUAACUUUACACUGACAUGCUAGUUAUAAAAAAAACUACAUGUAUAUGCAGAAGCAAUUCACAUAUUUUUGUUAAUAUAUAACAUCUUCAAGUCCUUUGAUACGUUAUUUUGAUAAUAGAUAAAAACAUAAUUUUUGCCCAAAGCAUUUAAAAGUGAAUCAUUUGAUUGGAACUAUAAUUGAAAUUACGAAAAAAGCAAUUUGUGCAAAUUUUUCAACUUUGAUUUUUAUAAGAAAUAACUUCCACAUCGGUUUUCCAAAAACCCAAGUGUAUUAUUACUGUAUGUUACAUUUGCACUGUUGAUUGCAUUCACGCUGUGCUGUGCCCCUCUCGUGAUUAACUGUUAGAAAAACAAAA